GCUAUCUGCUGGUGUCUUGACUGUUUAUUAAAUUAAAACCGUCCUCGGCUUACAGCUUACUGAUUCACCAUGAAGCUCGUCCGCUUUUUGAUGAAAUGUGCCAAUGAGACGGUGACUGUUGAGUUGAAGAAUGGCACAAUUCUUCACGGCACUAUUGUGUCAGUCUCUCCUCAGAUGAACACUUCUCUCCGCGCUGUCAAGAUGACCCCCAAGGGCCGUGACACUGUUUCUCUCGACACUAUCAACAUCCGCGGUUCCACUAUUCGCUAUUACAUUCUCCCCGACAGCCUUCCUCUUGAUACCCUCCUCGUCGAUGACGCACCCAAGCCCAAGAACAAGGCCCGCAAGGAGACAGACCGUGGUCGUGGUGGUGGCCGUGGCGGACCACGAGGCCGUGGAGGGCGCGGAGGCCCCCCCGCGGUCGUGGUCGCGGACGUGGAUUCUAGAUUUUCUGUUUUAUUUUGA